UUUGCAGUCAUCAAUCCUCCACCCAGCCCAGACUCGAGUUUGGUCGAUCGGUUCGUGAUGCACGGUGUUUGAGCUAGGUGCAGAUAUUUUGGAAGUUUUUCACGUUUUCCAAGCUGAAUUCGGUGUCGAAUUGUGUCACAAAAGCAGCGCAGCAGACCGUACAAGUGAGCGAACAAAAACAACGUCGUUUCGUCGUUGGUGCAAAUAGUCCUGAACCAGUUUCCCAGCCAGUGCCAGUGCUGCCGUUCGUCUUCGACGGUGGAGUGAGUGAAAAAGGUGCUAGUACGGUGGAACGAGAUCAAAAACGUCGAUCCUCGGCGGCUUGAAAAGGAAAUAAAUUUAAAAUAUUUACAUUUUGUUUGCGGUCUUAUCUGCGUGCAUUUUGAUAAGGCUAAACAAAAACAAGUCAUCGGCAGUCGAGUGCAGCACAGCAUUUGCUCGUCGACUGUAUAGCCGCGCGGCAUUGAUAAAGGAAGCAGAAAUUGUAAUAAAACUGCAGCUGCCGUGCAAUCGGGAACUUUUUCGCCGUCUUGCUGCACACACAGAGGCAUCCAUCGCGCGACACGGUCGUGUGAGUGCGGCUAAGCCGAGGAUUUGAAGGACAACGUCGUUCAUCGCACGCGCCCCUCAAACUUGACUCAAACAACUCAAACUACGAGAAAACAGGCAGAUGUCUCAACUUUAUCUGGCAUCGCUCGAUCCGUAGAGUAUUUUUUUUUUCGGACGUGAAAAACCGAAAUCUCCGAGCACGGAGGGAACCAACGAGCUCUCUCAUGGGGGCUAGGCAUAGUCGCCGGCAAAAAAGUCAAACAACGCAAGAAGAGCAGACGGAGCAGAGCCAAACGCAACAUCAAUCAUUGGUCGUCGCUACUGGCAGGGGCAGUGAGCUCGUGGAAGCCAAUGUAGAUCCCACGGAAGACGAACAGGGUUCCGCGAAUAAUAGUUUGGUGAUUACGAUUUGUAUGUUGAAGAUGGAGCCCAGUGAAGAAACAGCAAGUGGGGGCGAAGUGAGUGAAGUGCCAUUGUCCCAACAGGAAGAAAUCGGUGGUAGUUCGGAACUGCCAAGUGCGACAAUGCAUCCCAAGUGUGGUUGUUACGAGAACAAUAACUGUCCUGUGAGUUUGGCAUCUGUCCCUAGCAGCAGUAGCUCCUCAUCGUCUGCUCCAGUGUACGGUACAAUCGGUGGUGCUAUUAUUAAUAACAAUUCAACCCAACAAACGGCUGCCAAAUGUGGCUGCAAUUGUAGUAAACCCGAUGGCAUCAACAGUUUGGAAACGUUCAAUGGAAACCCAUCUAUUCAGGCCAGUGCUAAUGAUUGUGCAAAUAAUAACGAAGCUUCGUCGUUAAUCAGUGACAUUUUGAGUAAUCAUCAUCAUCUGCUGCACCACCAUCAUCACCACCAUCACCAUCAUCACAUUGGACCGUGGACGACGUGUCCUACGUCUUCCUUUCUGGCGGUGACCACCACUGCCUCUCCCGUUCCCACGACUUCCUAUUCCGCCAAUGUGAUCUGUGAUAGCACUACUUCCAACAACAACAACAACAACAAUGUAAGCAUGAGCAACAACGCCAGUGUCCUGAAUCGUACCAUGCAGCAGCAUCAGCAGCAGCUGCGACAGCAGCAGCAACAACAACAGCAACAGCAACAACAGCAGUUGUUAUCGGCCGCCAGCAAUGUGACCGCGUCCCGCAGUUCCGUGUGUGAAAUGAGUGAUAAGUUGAAUGAUUUGCAGUUGAACCAAAGUGCUGGUGAUGCUCACAGCAGCGAAGAACAUCCGUUCAGUGUCGGCGAAUGUCCACGGUGCGCGGUGGCAGCGGCACGGCAGGGACCCGCAGCGGACGGCGAGGAGAAAAUAUUGAACACCGCCGUGCAGCCAGUGCAGCAGACCAGUGCUAAAGAACCGGCAAAAACGGUAACAUCAGCAUCCCCAUCGGAGGCAGCAGCAGCAGCAGCAACAGCAACGUCAAAUGCCAACACAGCGGAGGCGGCGGCGGCGGCCACGGUGACGACAACGACUUCGGUGUCCUCUUCGUCCUGCUGUCGACAGCAGCCGAUCCUGACGACGACGAAAACGCUCGCCCCACAACCGAUGUCGACCUCGACGCUGUUCAGUGCACUAACGCCAUCCGGCAAGAAGUCACGCGUGUGCAAGAACUGCCGCAAUCCGAGCUGUCCCAACCAGGGCAGCGGCAAAAACAACAGUGGCAAAGCGUGUUCCAGUCCUAGUAGUAGUAAUAGUAAUAGUAGCAACAACAACAACAACAGCACAAACCCUUCAUCAUCCACCACCAGCACCGGAGCCAAGUCGAAGAAGGGCAACUGGGGUCUCAAGUUCAACUGUGCCAAACUGCGCGGUUCUAAAUCCAGUCAGGCGGCGGCUGCCCCUUCGGCAGCGGCGUCGUCGUCAUCAUCAGCUGCUACUGCGGCGGCUACAGCGACAGCAGCAUCAUCUAGUUCGCAACCCGAGCGAACUGCUGUUGCCAGUGGUUCGUCGAUUAUCGGUUCCUCCAGCAGCAGGCUACUCAGAAGUGAAUCGGAAAAGACGGAUUCAUGCAUUUGCACCCUGUAUCGCAAGGUGGAGGACCUCCCGUCGACGGUGUCGUCCAACAACGGCUAUCCAUCGCAGUCCAACCCGCUUGUGAUUCCGCACCAGCAGAUACGCUACCAGCACCAUCACCUGGAUGGUUCGACCUCGAAUGGUCCCGGGGGAACCAUUGGCCCGGUUGGAAUCUCCUCCCACCACAAUGCCAAUCAACAGAACCACGCAUUCCUGUUUCCUCCGACCGCCGGAGCUGCCGCUAGUCAUCACGAUCUCCACGCUACGACCAUCAUCCACAGGAUAGAAGGAUCGGCGGCACACGCAUUGUGGGGCACCGGUACCGGACACCCGGCCCCCAAUUCUCUCAUUGUGGUCUCAACGCCGGGCAUGUUCGACAUUUCUAGGUUCAACAGCAGUGACGACUUUUCUCUGGAAGACUUGGAUGAACGGGCUCGGCUCCAGCGGGAGCUUGAAAUCCGUGAAGGCGUCGAUGCUCCACCCAAUUACAACCCACGGGGUUUGAUGUCCGGUGGAACGUUGACCGGUGGAUCGGCGUUGGGUGCGGUCGGAGCUGCCGCUAGUGGUGCUAACGCUGCAGCAGCAGGCAACCAUCAGAUUGCUUUCCUGUGCACAUCGGACACCUCAUCGGCGUUCAGUUUGCUCCAGCGAGGAUUGUUGCUGCCGAAUACGGUCAUACAUGCCGAGGAGAUGCCGCGGGUCCACUCGCAGGUCGACUUCAUCCACUGCUUGGUGCCGGAUUUGCAGAAGAUCACCAGCUGUUGUUUCUACUGGGGCAAGAUGGAUCGGUACGAGGCGGAGAAGCUGCUCGAGGGCAAACCGGAGGGCACGUUCCUGUUGCGCGAUUCGGCACAGGAGGAGUUCCUGUUUUCCGUGUCGUUCCGGAAGUACAACCGGAGCUUGCAUGCUCGCAUCGAGCAGUUCAAUCACAAGUUCAGUUUCGAUUCGCGCGAUCCCGGAGUGUACACGGCCUCGACAGUAACCGGUUUACUCGAGCACUACAAAGACCCCUCCUGCGUAAUGUUCUUCGAACCGAUGCUGACCUACCCGUUGAACAGGAAAUUCGUCUUCUCCCUGCAGCAGCUGUGCCGAGCGACGAUCGUCAGCAACACCACCUACGACGGAAUCAACGAUCUGAGCCUGCCGAAAUCACUCAAAUCCUACCUGAAAGAGUACCACUACCGACAGCGGGUCCGCUACAGGCCCCUGGACGAUCCUCCGCUCUACCACGACCUAUAGUAUACAACGUCGGCAAAAGACGGGGUCCCGAGGCGAUCAAUGCGGCAGCGACCGGCGCGCUUCCGUCGUCCGAGGCAGUUUUUCGGUGGACAGGGUGACGAAGUGGACUACAGGUGGCCGGAUCCUAUGUUCUUCGGUAGACGGCGAGGUGAAGAUGAAGGCGUUCGGUUCGACCGAUGGGAUCUGACUUACCAGCUGAGAGUACACGAAUCACAAGGUCUGAGACGGCACACAUUAAGGCGCACGGGAAGUAGAAAACGAUUCUUUUGCUGUUUCUCCGGAUCCCCCUGAGCUGAGAUCCCGUGUGUGGAAAAUCUGUCCCAUGUAAAAUAGUUUCUGUGUAAAUAGCAUUGUUCAUAUGGAAUCGAGCAGUCUCCAUUUAUUUAUACCAAUCGUUGUUGUUUAAGUUAUUUCUCCCGCAUCCGUAGAUAAUUUUCCCCGCCUGUACAAAGUUAUCACAAUUUUCUUCCGUUAAGUAUCUGAUAGAUCAAAGAGCACACAAUUAGCAGAUAAGGCAAAGCGUAACUACUUCCCUCCUUUAGGGGUAAUUCCAAUCAAACACGACCAAUCGACCAAUACAACAGAUUUGGAUUCAAUUUAGUUAAUUUUGUAUCACUCUCGAGAUGGUCGAUUGCUAGUUUGAACCUUUUCUAGGUCACUUGGUAUGGAAUACCAGAUAACUUUAAGUGACUGAAAAUCUAAGUAAAAUUAAACAUGGAAGAUGUCAAUCAUGGAAUGGCUUCAAAAGAUAAGUUUUAGUUAAUGAGGGAAGAGACUAGCAAAAGAAGGCACGUAUAGAGCAAAGACUAGGCAAAUAGUAAGCGAAAUGUAGGAUCACUUUAUGUUGUUUCCGUUGAUUACUUUUAGUUUGCAUAUUAGUUAGAAAUUAUUCUCGCUGUGAACAAAUAAAACCCAAUGUAUACCGAAACUUGUUAGAUUCAUUCGAUAUAUCAAAACUCAAACACACACAUCUCUAUUUCUCCAGUUGCCACAAACAUUUGAAAUAACUGUCCGGAAGUUCAACAAAGUAACAAUCCCAGUAUUCGAAGCUUUCUUCGCUAAAUAUAACGAUGGAACAAACAAUUUAGAACCAAACGUACAACCGUUAGAAUAACAAUAGUGCUGAAAUUACACAAUAUUACAGUAAUAAAAAAAACGUUCCCAGUGUGGUGUGGUCUCUCGUUUAUAAUAGGCAGAGCGCAAGGCUAAACUGAAAUCAAAGAAACUCACUCACAUAAAUAGUAUAGAAACAAAUAAUCAAUAUAACAAAAAAAACGGAGCCAGUUAGUAGCAGAUUGUUAAUUCAGUUGCAUUUUUUUUUUAAUUCAACAAUAUGACAAGCGAAGAAAACAGAAUCAAACAAAAAACUCGAAACCGAUCUGGUGCCGAGUUUUGUGCUAUUAAAUGAUAGGGCGAAUGAAUGAACAAAUUCGGAUUGGUUUGAUCGAUAGGAAGGAAACCGGUAUGAAGGCAAAGUAAAACGGUAAUCAAAUACUAAGCAUGCGAAAUACGCGCAGUAAAACAAAAAAUACGUUCUGGUAGCUUUAAUUAACUAAAACUAUAUACAAAAAAAGUAGUGGAAAAGUAUCAAGUAAUAUGAUAAAAAGUGAAAGAAACCUUAAAAAAUGAGUAGGAUCGUUUAGAGAGAAUGAUCAAAUCAAGUGUAUAAAUGAAAUGCAUAAAAUAAAAUGAACAAUAUAAUAGUAACAACAA